CGAAGCGAAUAUGGCUGGCGAGUCAUCGUCGAUGUUGUGGGAUGUAGUUGACGAUGCCACAGAGCGGGAGGACGUCGAGGCUGAGCGUUUAGAAGAAGACGAUGCGGUGGGCGAUUCAGGAACAUGCGGCAACUGGGUGAGAUGACAGGAAGCAGUAUUCUCGUCGCGCUCUUGUUCUCUCGAGACAACGGUGAGCAUCUUCAACUUCUUGCCGUUCUUCAAGAUCUCCUUCAUUGGAUCUUUGCCUCGCCGUCGCCGUUCCUUGGAACGCGCCACUUUGGACUGCUUGUUGUCGCCAGGUCCACCGACCCCCAGAGGAUGCUGGGCACCAUGUGAAUCUGCCACCGAUGAGAGCUGAGAAGAGAGCCCGAGGCGUUUGCUGCCCGAGCGGCAUAUAUACGCCCCACCUGCUAGGAGCAGGGUGGCAAGCGUGGUCGCGACCAAGACAGUGCUUGAAGGGUCGCCGUGCAGAACACUCGGCAGAGAGUCCUGCUCGUGGUUAACCAUCCUGUCGCAGAGAAGGGAAUGCGGGUCCGCCUGGCUUGCACUCGACGCGCGUACGCUUCAGGACCAGGAAGCAAGGAGGUGGAACUUAAGUUACAGGUGCUGUUGUUUACACACCUGGGUAAUCCCUUUCUGCUGCUCUUCCUCGUUUAGAUCUCUGAUAGUCCGACAUACUUCCAUGUGCUAGGUUCGACCCAGUCGCCUGAUGUGUCUAUUUUGAUUAUCGCGCUCCAUUACCAAUAUUCACAUGGCACACCUGCCCGUGCUUCGGCGUGUACCGACGAACAUGCGCGCUGCCGCCGCCCAGCGCGGAAACCCCACUUGCCCAGCGCUCGCAGCGCUGCUCGGCAGCGCACAGAACCCCCAUCUUUCCACGGCCUCUGUGUAGUCUCUCUGCCACGCCUGCUGUGCGUGGGAAGUGAAUCCAAGAUGGGAGCGGGUCCGUUGUCGGGGAACUGCAGCAGCACAGUCCCGUGUCGAUGCCUGAUCAGCCGGUGCUUAUGACCUGGGAAUAGCGAAACCAUUUCCGUCGGCUCGUCAGCAUGUCGGAAAAUCUAGCUUGGCGAGAACAAUGUGCAAAGAGCGUCGAUGUCAUCCUGCCGGCACGCCGGAUAAUUGCGAUGCAUCCUCUGAGCGCAGAUUCUGGAUCAUCUUGGCACUAAAGAUGGAUCCACCAUCUCGCUAUAGUCGCGGGCCUGUCGUCGCACCGAAUUAUCGGCGCAAAGCCGGAUGUCGGUUGGCACAAGCUUGCGUCCAAUGGUCCUUGGAUCGUGUUCUAUCCGCACUUCAGCCUGUUGCCACGGCCCGUCUUCGGGAGAGCGACUGAGUGGUCAACAUCCGAGGCUGCGACGGCUGCGUUGCACAACUUAUUUUCGUUCGCGCGCGCCAUGAGCGCUAUUACUGGCCAGCGCCUAUUUUUGCACUUUCAUUUAUCUUCGCCGAAAUGCAGCGUCUGGCGAUCCUUAGCACACCUGAAUGAAUCCGCGACGUCAUGCGGCUAGAAUCUCUGUGAUACCUUGCUGUGACCUCACUUCUGAAGCAUGUCAUUGACAUUAGACUAGAGCAGAUGAAACGCACAACACAAACUUGCCCUUGAAUCGACAGUCAUUGUGAACCCCAUGGAUUGGGCACGCGAGCGUUCGAUUGUAAAUAUAAUCAACACCGGAAGUCCCCGUGUACUUGAUCAAGAUGCCGACGGGCACCGCCACUCGACUAUUGCCUGCCCAACCCGAACACGCGACGUCAUAGUAGUCACACCAUCCCCGUCUUCUCCCACCUUGACCACCAUGGUCGUGCGAGGGCUGCCAUGUCCGCGAUACACUGGCCUCUCAACGCGUAGAAUAACUGUUCCUCGAUAUAUCCAUCCCGCUCGCCCUUUCUCAUCCACCGCGCGGCGCCCUAAUGCCUACAAAACUACAUUAACAUUCGCAAAGUACUCCGGCUACUUCUGCCUUUCGUCCAUUUUCGGGGUAUUUGCUAUUGGCGCGGGCUUCUUCAUCCACGAUGCAUUCACCUACAAUGACAAGCACAUCGAGCGUGUGCCCAUAUCACCCUUAGCGCUCCAUCCCGAGACCGGUGGCCCCAAGAAUCUCCCUGUUGUUCGCGCCUUGAUGGAUGACGACGAAGAUGAAGAGAACAAGAAGAUUUCAUCCAAGCCACGUCUGGUCGUGGUUGGCGGUGGAUGGGGUGCAAUGGCUACACUGGACGGUUUGCAUGUUGGGGAUUACCAUGUAACAGUGGUCUCUUCCGAAACCUUUACGACUUUCACGCCACUACUGCCUUCCGCCGCUGUCGGCACUGUUCAAGUUAGGUCACUCAUCGAACCCAUACGGAAGGUUAUUGCGCGUCUGCGAGGACACUUCGUUUACGGGAAAGCUGUCGACGUUGUCUUCAACGAAAAGCUUCUGGAGGUUGAAACGGAAACGGCCGAUGGCAAGAAGAGUCACCUAUACAUUCCAUACGACAAACUUGUCAUUGCUGUGGGCUCGACAUCGAGCACUCACGGUGUUCCAGGCCUCGAACACUGUUUCCAACUCAAAACUAUAUCCGAUGCGCAGAAAAUUCGCAGGAGAAUAAUGGACAACUUCGAGCAGGCCAGUCUGCCCACGACAACUCCGGAAGAACGCAAGCGUCUGCUCAGUUUCGUCGUAUGCGGAGGUGGACCUACUGGUGUCGAAACUGCUGCCGAGAUCUACGACUUCUGCCAGGAAGAUAUCAUGAACUACUAUCCCAAGCUGUGCAGGGAGGAAGUGUCUAUCCAUGUCAUCCAAUCACGAGAACACAUCCUGAACACAUACUCUGAGGCCAUUUCCAACUACGCUGAGUCCAAAUUCGAGCGGGACGAUGUAGACCUGGUCACGUCUGCCAGAGUUGGAGCGGUGACCCCUACGCACGUGAUUUACACAACGAAGGAUGCAAAUGGAGAAACGGUACAGCACUCUAUCCCAACGAACUUUGUUCUUUGGUCGACUGGCAUUGCAAUGAAUCCCUUCUCUCGCCGCGUGACGGACUUGCUGCCCAAUCAGGUGCAUAAGAAAGCGAUCGAAGUGGAUGCCCAGCUGCGUGUCAAGGGUACUGCACCCGGAUCGGUGUACGCGAUCGGUGACUGCUCGACAAUUGAAACAUCCAUCGUCAGCCACCUGCUCGAGCUCGUCCAGGAAGCCGACAGGGAUGGAAAUGGGAUGAUUGAUUACAGCGAAUGGGAGAUCAUGGUUCCCCGCAUCAUGCAACAUGUUCCCAUGGCUGCGGAUCAUCUCUCCGAGGUCCGGGAGCUGUUCCAGCUGUACGAUUCGGACGCAGACGAUAGUCUGUCACUGAACGAGCUGACUCAACUCCUCAUCGAGCUGGGAAACAAGAUAACGACUUUGCCUGCCACGGCCCAGGUUGCAGCGCAACAGGGUAAGUACAUUGGCAAAAAGCUGCACAAGGUAGCUCGCAAGCGAGAAAGCGCCGUCGCCCCUGUUGCACAAGGCCAGGAUCCCCAUGUCGCUCUUGCUGCUGGGAAUGCUGCGGCGGCAGAUAUCACCGACGAAAGUGUCUCGAAGCCUUUCAAGUAUCUGCAUCUGGGAAGUCUUGCCUACAUCGGCAAUGCGGCCGUAUUCGAUUUCGGCGGACGAUCGUUCAUGGGUGGUUUGGUAGCGAUGUAUGCGUGGCGCAGUGUGUACUGGAAUGAGCAAGUCUCGCUGAGGACUCGGGCCCUGCUCAUGAUCGAUUGGGUCAUUCGUGGCAUCUGGGGUCGGGACCUUAGUAAACUCUAAACGAUCCUAAAGUGAGAUGGACAGUGGUUCCGUUUCUAGAACAGACGAUACAUGUCGACGUAAUACAUCCGUAGAGUCUAGAUCCCGAAUUACUCCUGCCACUCGAACGAGCCAGUGAUUGCUGUUCGACCUGUAAUCGACCCGUGGUUGGGGGAAAGAACAGUCAAUUUGCGUUGGGGAAUGUCCACAUUCGUGCUAGUUGCGGAGUCAGCACGAUAGAAGCGGGGAUCACCGAAAUCAGAGAGACGGACAUGACGAGGUAGCCGGAUAUGGGCUGGUCCAGGAGCUCUUCAUCGUACCGUUCCGACUCAUCUGUGCUCAAAGGAGCCACAAUGGCAAGCACAGCGUUGAGUAGACCGGAGCCGGGAGAGGCCGGGUCAAUCGGCACCGACUGCGUUUCAGAGACUGUCCGGGCUGCUCCGAUGGGCAGGGCAGAGGAUGGGGCCAUCGUUUCUGCGAACUUUCGUCAGCCCGAGAAGGAGGGUCGAACGCGAUGGUCAACAACCUGCCCCGAUCCGGAAUAUCGAUAGGUCGUCAAAGUUGAUGAUGGUCGAGGACGGAGACAGGAUCAGAUCCGAGACCGUUUCGCCGCCGAGCGAGGCGGAGGUGAUGCCCGCAGGCAGAGGUAGCUUUUGGCCGUACAUGUAGGUGUGGAGCUGAUACAUGUGCACUCGCUGCCGAUAGAGGUGGUCCAAUUCAACGACCUGCAAUGCCUGAGGACGUUAUCCCUGAGACAGCCAGCGAAGCACUCACACCCCCCGACUUCGGUAUUUUGACGACGGUAAUUCGGUUGCCGUACGCUCGCUGUAGCUCGACAUUGAGCUUUUCGUGACCGACGACAAGAAUGACGUUGACUGCGAAGGCGCUCAGCUUAUGACAAGAGGAAGUGGAUGCGACAGCGGACUUUUGAACGCUUCCACGCAAGAGCUGAUCAGCUUCUGCCGGGAGUCGUUGUUGCCAGGGCCUGGGGCAAAGCUGGAUGGCGUGUCGACGACGAGCCCAGCCGUUCUGCCUAGAAGGCCUCGUCGUGAGGAGAGUCGUGCAUGGCGGCGGGAACCUGACACUUGCCUUCGACAUCGACUUGAUAUCGGUCCUCAAUGGCUUGUCCCAGAUUACGAAUUAUCCGCUCCAUCAGCAGCGGGUUGCGCUUGAUUUCCGGGUGCCCGUACCAGUAAGCGAGCGGAACGAGGGCAUUAGAAGACAGGGCGGUCGGUGCCGACGUCGCUGCUGAGCCCAACGGACUGCCCGGAGAAGAAGUCGGUAGAGGGGUUUGUAUAGGAGCAACAGAUAGCGUCCCGGGGGCAGCCCAUCCACCCUAGAGAUAGUGUAAAACAGACAGAGUGUGAGAAAACGGCGGCACUGCACCUCUGAGGGAUCGACGUUGACGAGAAGAGGUGACCAUCCUUGCCCAGCCCUAACAGCAUAGUUUAUGAGAAUCUUGCAUAGGGAUGUUUUACCCGAGUUCUCUGGUCCAACGACCAGUACACGAGGGGGGUCACUGGGCUUGUCACGCUCAAAGUCGGGAACAGGCGAUCCUCGAAGGUCCCUCAACGCGCGGACGCGCAUCUGCUCAAAUGCGACAUGCACAUUCGCAUAGGCCGUCAUUGGCGUCUCCUCCGAUACGUAUUCUGUUGAAGCAUGACCUGUAACGUGUCGCCCCGCAGUGAAGAUCGCAGCUUUACAUUCCUGCCCAAACAGAUAGUGCUUGUUAGGCGCCAGCUCAGCGCCGAAGACUUCAGCGUUACCGCGAAUGAGCUAUUUCCGAGUCUUCAUGCGGAAGGAUGGAUAGAAGGUAUAUCGGGAAAGAACGCACCUUGAUAGCUAACGAUGUCCCUGGAUCCAAUUCAAACCUGUAUUCUGUUUCGGGGUCAAGUGUCCACUCUCGGGUCUCAUGGUGACUCUCUUCCGACGCCAUUGGACGAAUAUAUUGGGGCAAAGAAACACGUCGUGAAAGGACAAACCAAGCCGGCAAAGCCGAGGAGGAGAUGACUGUUGACAGUUUCCUUUUUCAGAUCCGUCCUCGUCCACUCGGAGGCCCGCACCGUUUACCUAAAUACUUCAGGCACUAUCCUCGAAUCCUCCCGCUCCAUUUCAUAAUCCCAGGGUCCAGUCGCAGCCUGAGAAGCACGGUGAAACCUUAUAGCUUCCGACGCCGCUGUUAAGCAAUCCUCGACAUCAACGGAUGAAGCCACGAAGGACAUGCGGCUACUUACUACGCAAAGUUCAAUGAAUACACGCAAAUCUUAAUCACAGAUUAUUCAUAUUACGGCACUCCCUUGGCUUCCUUAAAACCCGCCUAUCUUUCCUGCAUACUUUCUUCGCUUUCGUCCUCUCCCCCUCCCCAUGGAUUCCAGCAGCGACAAGAGCUCAGUCAAACGUGCGCAUCCGGGAUCGGUGGCGGUCAGGGUGGAUGAAGUCGACGUUGCGGCCCAGCUGGCUAGUUCAAACGUUACCUUGGAUCCUGUAGUUGCCGCGAAACUGAGACGCAAAAUCGACUGGUAUCUCAUGCCGCUGAUGUGCCGUGCGUGAAUGUAUUGCUUGUUCCGUGAAGCUUUCUCAUGCGUUCCCAGUCAUGUACUUGUGCGUCUUCCCGAAAUAGUUUGCUGUCAGAUGCAGUUUCCGACGCGCUCCGCCAGGAUGACGUUCGCGGAUAAAACCACGUUGGGUCAAUCGGCUGUUCUCGGCAUCCAGCAGGGUGCCCACCUUACGCAGAAUCAGUUCAACUGGCUCGGAUCGAUAUUCUACUUUGCGUAUCUGUUUUUCGAGUACCCUCAAAACCUCGCGCUACAGCGCUUUCCGGUCGGAAAAUGGAUGAGCAUCAACAUCUUCAUCUGGGCUGUGGCCUUGAUGAGCCAUGCUGCCUGCAAGUCUUUCGGCGGAUUGUUUGUUGCGCGCCUGGUUCUGGGGGCCUGCGAAGGUGCAAUCACGCCAGGCUUCAUGAUUGUCACCUCUAUGUUUUACACCCGUGAUGAACAGAACAAACGAGUCGGUUAUUGGUUCCUUAUGAACGGUUUUGCUGUGAUCUUCCUCGGGUUCGUCGCCUUCGGGGUUUUGCAUACCAAGACACAUGACUUCAUGCCAUGGCAAUGGCUUAUGAUUAUCACCGGCCUCAUCACCCUCGUGACAGCUGUCCUAUUUUGGUUCUUCUUCCCCGAUUCGCCCACGAGUGCGUAUUUCUUGACGCCCGAAGAGCGCGUGCUUGCGGUCGCACGCAUCAAGGUCAACCAAGCCGGUGUGGAGAACAAACACUGGAAACGAUCGCAGUUCAUCGCAACUAUCAAAGAUCCGAAGAUUUGGCUUAUGGCGCUCUUUGCCGCGUUCUCGAACAUUAUCAAUUCGCUCAUCGUUCAGCGCCAAAUCAUCGUUAGAAUGUUUGGCUUCAGUCCGAUCAACACUACACUUCUCGGCUGUGUCGAUGAUCAUCGUUCCAUCAGUUCUUACCAUCUGGGCUGGCGUCGUUCUUGCUGGCUACAAACCCAUUGGACGUGCUUAUGCCGGCGUUAUCAUGUUUAUUCCUGCCAUCCUUGGCUCCAUUCUGGUUAAUGUAUUGCCAAGCCACAACAAAGUAGGGUUGCUGUUUUCCUACUGGCUUACCAUCUUUGCGAUCACUCCGUUUGCGAUCUCUCUCGGGUGGCUCAGCUCGCUGACAGCUGGUCAUACUCGGCGGACGACUGCGAACGCACUCACCCUUAUCUUCUAUGGGAUCGGCAAUGCGGUUGGCCCAUUCAUGUGGAAGAAGCAGUACCAGCCCAGGAACCACAUCCCUUGGGCGAUCAUCACUGCGUGCUCAGUCAUCUCUGCCAUCCUGCUGCUUGUCCUCCGCUACGUUUACGCUGCCGAAAACAAGCGCCGUGACACUCAGGGCGACCAAGACAACCUGGACGACUUCUAUAUCGCGGAGAUGCAGCCUGAUGGCACCACUAUCGAGAAGAAAGUCGAUCGGGAAUUCCUUGAUCUGACGGAUAUCGAGAACAAAGAGUUCCGUUAUGUCUUAUGAAAAACGAACUGGUACUUGUAUCGGUGAUGAAUACCCGAUUGAUUGGAUUCCCUUACGUAUAGCAUAUUUCCGAAAGCCUGUAAUUGUCCAUCCAAUGGUCAAACUCGGUAACUUUGCAAUGAAGAUGAAGUACAUUAUCGAAA